CACAGCGAGAAUAGCUGUGUCUCCAGUUCAAUACCGCCUUUUCUAGCGUCAUCAUUUUAAAAUUUUCUCAUUCUACGAUUGAGAUAUUAUCAUUCAAUUGAGCCUAGCCAACUUCUCUGUAACCACUUCUUUUGUCUAUUUCGAGGAAAAUGUGGGUGCUGCAUGCUACAGCUAUCGUCUCACUCCUUCUCAUAGAGCCAUCAAUCGGAGCCAAUAUGUUUCAACUAUUCUCGAGUUACGGAUUCAGGGAGAGUUUUGAUAUUCCCAUAGUGGCCAUACCAACUCGUGCCGAAUAUGAUUUCAUAAUAGUCGGGGCUGGUUCGGGUGGUUCAGUGGUUACUAAUCGUCUCAGUGAAAAUCGUAAAUGGAAAAUUUUGCUGCUGGAAGCUGGCAAACCGGAAGGUAUACUCAAUCAGAUUCCAAUCUUAGUGAGCAACUUUCAGCAAACUGAUUACAACUGGGGAUACAGAGUUGAAGAGCAGAAAAAUGCUUGUCUGGGAAUGAAGGAUCGCCGUUGCACUUGGCCGCGAGGUAAAUCAUUAGGUGGAACAAGCACACUGAAUUACAUGAUUCACACAAGAGGGAACCGAUUCGAUUAUGAUCAUUGGGCGGAGCUUGGGAAUGACGGAUGGUCCUACGAGGAUGUAUUGCCGUACUUCAAAAAAAGCGAGAGGUUCAGGGUUCCAGGAGUUUACAAUAAGUCUUUCCACGGUGAGGAUGGACCCCUCUGCGUGGAGCACGCCCCUUACCACACAAAAUUAGCAACAUCAUAUUUGAAAGCAGGGCAACACCUAGGAUACGAAGUACUGGACUACAAUGGUCCCCAGCAAAUCGGAUUCUCCUAUCUCCAAUUAAACAUGGAUAAGGGUUCAAGAUGCAGUGCUUCCAGAGCCUACUUGAGGAUAAAACGCUCCAAUCUGGACAUCGUAACCGAUGCAAGAGUUACAAAAGUUCUCAUCGACGAUCAGAAACGUGUGCACGGAGUGGAAUUAAUCAAGAACGGAGCAACCCAAACGGUUCGUGCAAGUAGGGAAGUUAUAUUAUCCGCGGGAACAAUAGAUUCCGCCAAAUUACUGAUGCUCUCGGGCAUCGGACCCAAGCAGCAUUUGGAGGAUUUGGGUAUCAAAGCCCUGAAGGAUCUCCCAGUUGGUUACAAUCUCUACGAGCACAUCGGCUUCUUAGGGCUGACAUUCAUGGUCAACCAGAGCGUGAGUUUAUUGCAGAAUCAGCUAGUGGCACCACGUUACCUAAUGGAUUACGCCCUCCGCAGGUCAGGGCCUUUUUCAACGCCAGGUGGUGCUGAGGCAUUAGCUUUUAUACGAACGAAAUACGCAGUUGAUUCACGUCCUGACGUUGAACUACUCUUCAACGGAGGAUCACUACACUCUGAUAAUGGGCUUGCCGUCAGAAAAGGGUACGGUGUAUCCGAUGAAGUGUAUAACGCAGUGUUCAAACCAAUUGAGGGAAAACAUGCGUUUUCCAUCUGGCCGAUCACCCAAAAUCCUCGCAGCUACGGCCGAAUUUUUCUGAAAUCAAAGAAUCCCCUCGACGAUCCAAUUAUUCAACCGCAUUUUUUCGAACAUCCAGCUGACGUGGAGAUCAUUUUGGAAGGCGUUAAACAUGCAAUUAGCAUUGUGUCAACUCCUCCCUUCCAGAAAUAUGGGGCGCGACUGCACGAUAUUAAAAUACCUGGCUGCCAAGCUUUCCAGUUUGGCUCUGAUGAUUAUUGGAGAUGUGGCAUUAGACAUUUGCCAUCUAUGAUGAAUCAUGAGAUAGGAACUGCAAAGAUGGGACCGUCGACUGAUGCUAGUGCUGUUGUCGAUGCGAGACUGAGGGUUCAUGGUGUUCAGAGGUUGAGAGUGAUUGAUGCAUCUGUCAUGCCAACGAUGCCAGUUGGUCAUGUCAAUGCUGGAAUUUUCAUGAUCGGAGAGAAGGGGGCUGAUAUGAUCAAACAAGAUUGGGAAAAAGCUCAGUGAAUAUUUUUUCUAAUGAAUACUUGCU